AUGAGUCUCGUGCAGGACAGUUCCGCUGGUCAAGCUGCGCCAGGAUUUGCCGAGCCACCACGUGCGCCGUGUACAGCCUCAGCAGGCUCCCUCUCACAGCCUGGGGCUGGAAUCGCUCAGCGGCCUGAAUUCGAAUUCAACUUCCCUGCUCUGUCGUCUACCUGGAAGACCAACUCAAACGUUUCUCCAGUAGGAUCUCAAUCAUCAAAGCAAAAAUCAAGACAUACACCUAUCGAUAUCUCACACUACGUUGCGCUAGGUGGUAACAACCCUAUAACAUAUCCCAAGCGUACUGAGAAGAGUCCAAGCUUGCUUGAGAUAUACGCGCAACAUGACAAAGACGACUCGGGCACCACCAAGCCAAGAGUGAAACGUCAUGUCCCGAUCGUAAUACCGGCCUUCGCCCACCCUUUUGUCAACGACCUUACCGAGAAGCCGCCAUUCAAGUCGACAGUACAAGCCUGGCCAGUCCCACCGAGGCUAAGAAGGGAAGUUCGGCAGCUACCUUCUUCCCAAGAAGUCGCUGGCGUGCUUGCCAUUCCUACUCAUGAUCCAAACAUUAUGCGUGUGAGCUUGACCAACGGGAUUGCCGACAAGAUGAACACCCCGCAGGCCAAUCACCCUACAUCUGAAGUGAUGCGCAAUGGACGGGAUGGCUUCGCGGAAUCUGCAACACCCACGUCUGGCCACGGUGGCGUUGUUUCGUCGACGUCCCAGCAAGUGGAAGGCUCAGGUUCAACAAACCUAUCAGGACUUGUCUGUAAUGUGUAUAGGACUACAGGGAGAGAGCCGCACGCUCUUGUGGGUGCCACAACGACCAUCCUGGGUGAUAAGUUGUAUGUGUUUGGGGGGAGGAUAUUAUCGCAGAGAAGGCCCCAUUUGACGUCACAUCUAUAUGAACUGGACCUUGUUCGAAGACAUUGGUCGAAGUUAGAAACAUAUGGGGAGAUCCCCCCACCAAGAUACUUCCACAGUGUCUGUGCAUUGGGCGAUACCAAACUUGUCUGUUACGGGGGAAUGUCUCCCGCCAGCUACUCCACGCUUUCCGCGUCGCAGGGCGAGGAAACCCCACCCGAAGUGGUCGUCAUGUCAGAUAUCCAUAUAUACGAUGUACCAACCAGAACGUGGAUGUUCAUCCCUACCCCCGAUACCCCUCAAGGUCGAUAUGCUCACUGUGCAGCCAUUCUUCCCUCCUCUGCUACGUUUACUUCCCCCACUGCUCCUUUUUCGGCCAUUCAACACAAUCCUUCGUCGUCGAACCCACACUCGGGUUCGAUCGGAGUGCAGCUUGACGGCGCCGGUGGUGCUGAGAUGGUGGUAGUUGGCGGGCAGGACAGCUCCAACCGUUAUAUUGAGCAGAUUAGCGUUUUCAAUCUGAGGAGCCUCAAAUGGACCGCAACAAAUUCACUGGGACGACAAUGCGGUGCGUACCGGAGUGUUGUGACGCCGUUGACUGGCAUGCCUGUUUCUUCUGUCGGGCGAGUCGCAAAAAAUGCAGAAGAUCUUGGGGACACAGUACCAGAAAGCAGAUGUUCCAUGUUGAUAUAUUCCAAUUAUAAUUUCUUGGACGUCAAGCUUGAGCUUCAGAUCCGCCACCCUGACGGAAGGCUCAACGAGAGAUUCAUGGGUGGUGCAAUAUCACCCCCAGGUUUGCGCUUCCCCAAUGGCGGCGUCAUUGACCAUCAUUUUGUUGUCAGUGGUACCUAUCUCACUUCUUCGAAACAAGAAUAUGCUCUGUGGGCAUUGGAUCUCAGGAAUUUGACGUGGAGCCGCAUUGAUGCCGGUGGGGCAGUUUUUGGACAGGGCAGUUGGAACAGAGGCGUGCUUUGGAACAGACGCAAUACCUUCGUCAUCCUCGGCCAUCGAAAACGUGGCUUGGUAGAGGACUACAAUCAGCGUCGAAUCAACUUCAGCCAUGUUUGCAUGGUAGAGCUAGAAGCUUUCGGCCUAUACGACAACCCUAGGAAAGCUGCUCCUUCUUCUGGGUAUGUUUCUGUCUCGUCACCCUCCAUACCGACGGCCCUAUGGCCCAAGGUGGCCAGCAAGACCGGCAUCCGACCAGUGUCAGGCGCAGCUGAGAGUUUGGGUCAGCUUGCUCUUGGCCUGAAAGAAUUGGCGGAUAUGGACUUGCUGGCCAUCGGAGGAGAGCGCAUCCCGGUCAACUCGCACCUCCUUUCUAGACGCUGGGGACCAUUCUUCAACCGCUUAUUGCGCGAGUCGUCUGCUGGCCAGGAUGGGUUGGCAGAUGCACUGUCUCUGAGACCACACAUGGACUCUCAAGCCUCCCGCAAUUCCUCAAUCACGAUUACACCAAGCCUAAACCACGGAAGCACAUACUCAGGAUCGACAACCUUGCAUGGGAACCCUAGUAUCUCUGAUACCACCACUGGUACAAAAGCACAAGGCUCCAUACAUGAUCUUGAUUCUCCUGAUACAAUUCACCUGCCUCCGUCGGCACGUCCACGCACCUUAUACCUGCCUCAUACGUCUCAGACUAUCCGCUUGAUGCUUCAUUAUCUAUACACGUCCUCUCUACCGCCAGCCACAUCACUUCUUUGUACACCGCAAAUACUUUGCUCUGUGCUCCAGGUCGCCCGACCAUAUGAAAUUGAUGGCUUGCUCGAGGCAACUGUGGAGCGACUCCAUGAAGUCUUGGAUGGACGAAACGCCGCUGCUGUGUUCAAUGCUUCAGCGAUGGCUGCUGGCGGUGGCAAGGGCAUUGAAAAAAUGGCCUACCUCAGCCGUGGACGAAGACCAAGCGAGGCUGGAACGAUCAACGGAAAUAUAGAUAAGACAAGAGACAACCAUCCUGGAAGGACACUCAGCGCCAAGACUGCCGGACUCAGAAUCGACACGUCGUUUGGAGAGACAAGGAGUGGGCUACGGAGGGGCAGAGUACAGGGGCAUCAAAGGACGCAGAGCGAGGAAAGCGCAGCGUCAAAUUCCACAGCUGCUAGCGUUGCCACGUCGGUCAGUGAUGCUGACACCCAGAGUGAAGCACAUGCGGACAAGCGCAAGGAGAAGGAGAUGUGGACAGGUGAUUUGAGCUCUGUCAUUGGUUUGCAAAAGCGGGGUCUGAGAGGAUUGAUGGAAGGCAGAAGAUUGAGGGAAAAGGGUAAGACGGACUCGAAUCCCAGCUUCAAUGCCGCCUCUGUUGGAACUGCCGCACAAACAGCGGGUAGUGGCGUGGGCUGA